AUUACAGUAACUGGGAGGCUGUUACCGUAACCAGGGUGCCGGUUACUGCCCAGGUAUUCCAUGAACGCCAAGCUAUUCCAUUAACACCCUGGCCAUUGCAGAGUCCCCGUGGCACUGGCCAUGGCAGUACCAAACAGCCAGAGCUCCUCACUGCAGCAGGAGAUCAGACAGGGCAAGAGUUGGGAAGGUGGAAGCUGUCCUGGGAGCAGUAGCUGCAGGCAGGAGGCCAGGGAGCACCCAAAGUGCUGGGCAUCGUCCCUUGGGGUGCUGCAGUGCCUCAUGGAGCCGCGGCUGAAGAGGCGUGUGGACUUGGAGCUGCACCUGGCGGGCAGGGAGCAGGCACUGAUCCGCCGAGAUGCCCUGUGCCAGCUUAUCCUGGAUGAGCACCUACAGCACCAGCAGGAGCUGCACCAGCAGGGAAAAGCCUUCUAUGUGGAGCGGCUCUGAGUGCUCAGCCCAGUGUGUGGCACUGGCCUGGCACUGCCCAGCUCCUGACCGAGAGUAAAACACUUUGAGC